AUGAAGUGGCAAUUACAGUGGUUUCAGUGCAGAAUUUUAAGAAAAUACGGAAGCUACGUUAAAGUUUCCAGGCCGGAUGGAAAUUAUAAAGUAGUUAAAAAACCAAACAAUGAUUUAUUAUCUUUUUCUAAAGCUCUUCAUUUGAAAAUCACCGCAAACGGACCGAUAACGGUUGCAGAUUACAUGAGACAAUGUUUGGCAAAUCCAAGUUUGGGAUACUACAUGCAAAAAGAUAUGAUUGGAGAAAAGGGUGAUUUUAUUACGUCACCGGAAAUAUCGCAAAUGUUCGGAGAGAUUAUAGGAACUUGGAUAUUUCACGAAUUUCGUAAAAUUGGAUCUCCGAAACCUUGGCAAAUUAUUGAAUUAGGACCGGGAAAGGGAACACUAAUGAAAGAUGUGUUAAAAACUCUAAAUACUUUUAAAGCAACAGACGACCUUAGUGUACACUUGGUGGAAAUAAGUCCAGGUUUGGCCUCUCUUCAAGCAACCACUUUGUCCAGUGACGUCAUCAAUAUUGGAGUCGUUUCUUUUGAAGAUAAAAGCAAUUCUCAUUACAAAACAUGUUCGUCCCUCUACAAAGUUCCUAUUUAUUGGUAUGAUAAGUUAGAAAAAGUUCCCAAAGGUUUCAGCGUGAUUUUAGCCCACGAAUUUUUCGAUGCAUUACCAAUUCAUAAAUUUCAGAAAACUUCAAGUGGAUGGAGAGAAGUGUUGAUAGAUUCAACAAUGAAUGAAAAUGGCACGAAUAAAUUUAAUUAUGUUAUUUCUCCUAAAGAAACAGUCAUGUCCAAGUUACUGAUAGCAAAAGAUGAAAAAAGAGAUCAUGUGGAAAUUUCUCACGAAGCAGGACUCGUGGCUCAGGAAAUCGCACAAAGAUUGGAAGAGUUUGGUGGAUUUUCAUUGUUUAUCGAUUAUGGUCACUUCGGAGAAAAACAGGAUACUUUUAGGGCUUUUAAAAAUCACCAACUCGUGGAUCCGCUAACCAAUCCCGGUUUAUCAGACUUGACGGCCGAUGUUAAUUUUAAUUAUCUAACAGAAAUUAUGAAAGAUAAAAUGUUCAUAUCGGGUCCCAUUGAACAAGGAAAAUUUUUAAAUAAUAUGGGAAUGAAUUUAAGACUGAAAAUGUUGUUAAAAUCUUGUAAAAAUGAACAAGAUGAAAAAAUAUUAGUCUCCGCAUAUAAUAUGUUAACCGACGACGAUAAAAUGGGUAGCAGAUAUAAAUGUUUGGCGGCAUUUCCUUUGGUUUUAAAAGAACACUUAACGAAAUAUCCCGUCGCUGGAUUUCAUUGA